UGACCAAGAGCCCCCUUACUCCAUGAUCACUUUGCACGAGAUGGCAGAAACAGAUGAUGGUUGGCUGGAGGUUGUCCAGUCUCUGAUUCGAGUGAUCCCAUUGGACGAUCCGCUUGGCCCUGCAGUGAUCACCCUUCUAUUAGAUGAGUGUCCCCUGCCCACCAAGGAUGCUCUCCAGAAACUCUCUGACAUGUUGAGUUUGAGUUCGGCUGUAGCACGACAGGACGCCCUGAACCCUGCUAAACACAGAAACACCACAGCUGUCCUGGGAUGCCUGGCAGAGAAACUGGCUGGUCCGGCCAGUAUUGGAUUGUUAAGCCCUGGAACCCUUGAGUACCUUCUAGAGAGUCUGAGCUCUGAGGCCCACCCUACUGUCAUGCUGUUUGCUCUCAUCGCUUUGGAGAAGUUCUCCCAGACCAGUGAGAAUAAACUGACGGUGUCUGAGUCGUGUAUCAGCAAUCGACUCGCUGUUCUGGAGUCGUGGGCAGAGCAGCCCGACUACCUGAAGAGGCAGGUUGGAUUCUGCUCGCAGUGGAGCCUUGACAACCUGUUCCUAAAGGAGGGUCGUCAGUUCACCUACGAGAAGGUCAACCUCACCAAUAUCAACGCCAUGCUCAACAGCAACGACGUCAGCGAGUACCUCAAGAUCUCCCCCACUGGACUGGAGGCACGAUGUGAUGCCUCAUCCUUUGAGAGCGUGCGUUGUACAUUCUGCGUGGAUUCAGGCGUUUGGUACUACGAGGUGACGGUCAUUACGUCAGGAGUGAUGCAAAUCGGAUGGGCCACCAAGGACAGCAAGUUCCUCAACCAUGAGGGUUAUGGGAUAGGAGACGAUGAAUACUCAUGUGCGUAUGAUGGCUGCAGGCAGCUCAUCUGGUACAACGCUCGCAGUAAACCUCACGCUCACCCCUGCUGGAAGGAGGGAGAUGCCAUCGGCUUCCUGUUGGACCUCAGCAAGAAACAGAUGAUCUUCUAUCUGAACGGACAUCAGCUGCCGCCAGAGAAACAAGUCUUCUCCUCUGCCACGUCUGGUUUCUUUGCAGCAGCCAGCUUUAUGUCAUACCAGCAGUGUGAGUUUAACUUUGGGGCCAAGCCUUUCCGUCACCCACCUUCUGUCAAGUUCAGCACCUUCAACGACUUCGCUUCACUGAUGCCCAGUGAAAAGAUCAUCCUACCCAGACACCGGCGUCUGGCCUUACUAAAGCAGGUUAGCAUCCGCGACAACUGCUGCACGCUGUGUUGUGACGUCAUGGCUGACACGGAGCUGCGGCCCUGUGGACAUGGUGGUAUGUGUAUGGAGUGUGCCUUACAGUUAGAGACGUGCCCCCUGUGCCGCCAGGACAUCCAGACCCGCGUCAGACUCAUUGCACAUGUCUCCUGACACACUUCCUGCCCCUCUUCCAAUAAGGAGAGACACACAAGCCCUAAGGCCUCCUCCUCUAAUCCCCUCUCACCCAACAGGGCUGCGAGGACGGCGCCACACUGUUGCGAUGAUACCAGAACUGUGACUUCUGGUAAGAGGAGGCGACGAUGGAGAGGUGGAAAGAGAGGAGAUGAGAGGAGGUGAAUUUAAAACCACAGCUGGAUCCCUGGGAUCUUUCCCUCAUUUACCUACAUCUCCUCUUUUGUAUCCUUCUGACAACUCACUGCAGAAGCUGGGCCAAGAAUCGUCAACUUUCUACCCACAGUGUGUUUUUCAGACAGCAGAAGUGAGGAGCAGAAACAAUUUAACCAGAUUACAAACAGAACCAACCUCUCAUCUGUAAGCCCCGGCAUAGUUACCAGACAUCCUUUCUGUGAUACGAGGAUCCCACUGCGCUUUCAGCCCAGAGGCUACUACUAUUUAAUCCAAUCACCAUCAUCAUGCACAUGUCUGCAGAUCUGUAAGGGCUGGGUAGCAGAAAUGGACACAGCCUGUAGUACAGUAUUAACCCCAAGGUACAGAUAAAUCUGAGAUGUAUCUCACUUUCAUGUUUUUGGGUAUAGAAAUGCAAAUUAUGGUGAUCUUGAGGUAGCAUUUUCAUUCUUUUUUUUUUCUCAAGCUUGUACCAUUACCUAUCGUUUGGUCCAACUUGGUGUCAGACAGCUUAAAAGUUGCAGAAUUAUUCCUAGAGUUCAGUUUUCUCAUUUGGUUUACAAAAGCAGAUGUUAAAAAUCAAAUCAUGGGUUACACAGACAACCGGUAAAACCCCCCCAAAAUACUUGAAUCUGUAUUAGAACCAAUUGAUUUACAGCACGGCUGCUUUUUGUGAUUUAUUGUCAUUGCUCAGAAGUUGAUAUUUCCUCAGUCUCAGUCAUGUAUGUAACAACCACAACAAAUAAAUACACAGGGAUUAGAAUUUACAGAGAGUUUCGUCUGUAAAUGAAAUCAUGUUUUUUUUUAUUUCUCAAAUUAUAAGUGCAUAUGUUUUAAGAGCCAGUGAAGGGGGGGUUGUGUACAAUUUAAUUUCCACCACCACCUUCUGAGUUUAUCCUGAGAUUUGCCCGAUUGCUGCUAACAGUUUGGCAUCAGACUUGUAAUGCAGCUGCGCCACGAGUCAGGCUUAUUUGAGGGGCAGCAAAAAGUAAAUAUGUCUUAAUUUUUUUUUUUUUUGGGUUUGUUUUUGGACAAACGUGCUUGUCUGUAUCAAGACGAUUAUUUUCAAUCCACAAGAUGUGAUUUAAAUUUUGUAUCAUAAAUGAUCGCAAACACAAAUGUGGAAACUUGGUUGCGAGGUACAACAGGUUUAUGUUGAUUGACAUUGUUGUAUUAGCUGAUCAGUAAAUCGUUUAAAAGAAAUGUGAAAUGUUUAAGUGAAUCGUUUUUUCCUCUAUCAGUUUACUAAAUAUCCCAGAGUCAUUCUUUAGAUGUUGUCAUUUGGCAUCUUGACAUACAUUAGCAAAAGAAGCUAACCACAGCACAAUGACAUGACCUUAAACAGUGUGGGCUUCAGUACCCAAACAAAUGUGUAUUUAUGUUUCACUUCCAACAAAUCUCAGCACUCUUACCGGGUUUCCUGCAUACAGAAUUUGUUAGACUGAGUCAAAUUUGGUUUCCCUCUUUUGUGCUUUAUAUAAUAGAGCACAUACCUCUGCUCUCCUUUUGCCAUUUCCACAUCUUUCUCCCUUCUGUCUUUAUAAGAAGAAGAAUGUUUCUGUCUGUCUUUCUGUCCAUCCUUUACUUGAAGCAUCUCUGGGUUGACUGACUGACUGAUAAUUGUAUUUUGGGAACAGCUGACCGAAAUGAAAACAUAUGAGAAAUUGUGAUUCAAGAGAAAAUUCUAUUUGUACCAUUUUAAAAGAAGAAAGAAAAAUCAAUGACAUUUCAAAUUAUCACACUGAAUUAUUUUGAAUUCUUUUUGGUCAAAUUGUUUAGGAAAGAGUUACUACUCCACCAAAUUGCAUGAACCGGAUCUGUAAAAUCAUUCAGACUAUACUGGAAUGAUUUCUAAAACAUGCAUCUCUCAGUAUGACAAAAGAUUGGUCUGGUCACUGUUUGCUAUCAUGCAUUUCCUGAUGCACCUUAUACAUGCAGGUGAGAGAAAUUAUAUGGUUCUCUCUACGGUUGGAGAUUGAUUUCAGGAUUGUAAAGAAUAAAUUGUGAGUUGUAUUUAAAAACAUCUAUAAAGGAAUUUUGCCUCAGAGUUCCCAAAGAUGUGAUUGAUUGAAGAAUUGUUGUUUCCUGGAUUGUGAUAUUUGUAAUAAAUGUAUGUGUGACAUGUGGUUUUUUUUUUUCUUGUA